UUUAGGCGUCCGUUUACUAAAGCGCGGUAAAAGUUACUAUAUAUUUUCGCAUGUUAUCGCUGCGAAUAUUUUUACGCCAAAAUAUUCGCAGCGACAAAGUUUACUAAACAGCGAUGCACUCAGAAUUCAUUGCGAUCAGUUGCGGUAACUACGUUAAUGAACCAGCUUACGUUAGCGGAAAUUUAAGCGAAUUGCGAAUUUUCUUGCGAAAAAUUACGUUUUUGCGAAUAUUUAUGCUAGAAAAUAGUCUUAUUUUUUGGCGGUUAUUAUGGCGGUUAUUAUGUCAGUUAUUACUGCAAUAUUUAUGGGCAGAAAUUCAUCUUCAAAAACUGAAACUUGACUGAUGAAUUACCAGAGUAAAACAUGUAUGCAUCAUAAAAAACAAUUCUUCACCCAUCCAGUCACAAAUCCUUCUGCCAAUAGACUCAUAUCAGCAAGAAAUCAUACCAGUCAAUGCACAGUUUAAAGUAGCCUAUCACAAUGAAACCGAACCCCCUGCCAAUAGGAUGAUCAAAGUUUCAGAAAUCAAAUAUAUACAGCCAAUUGACACCUGUCAUUUCACAAAACACAUCCCACUGAUUGAUUGCUUAUAAGUGCCCUUGGUAUACAGUGAAUCUUUGACAGGAGUCUCAGGAGUGAGGAGACAGUAGUGAGAGAGAGAAAUAGUGAACAGGUCAGGCCCUGACAACCAGGAUGAGGAAAGAGAGGGAGCAUCUGAAUCAACAAAAAGGAUUAGGAGUACCAAGUUUUCAUAUGAAGAAAACUGUGCCUUAGUACAUGGUGCAGUGAACCACUGGCGUGAAAUCUUUGGGCAGGAUGCCAGCAAAACUGCCAUGUCUAGGAAGACUCUGCUGUGGGAGAUCACUAGAUUGGUGAAUGCAGUGUCCUACCACAAGCGAACGAUCAUCAACUGCAAAAAGAGAUUGAAUGAUAUAAAAUGUCAGCUAAAGAGAAAACUGGGUCAAGAGGCCAAAUAUGCAAGAGGGACUGGAGGGGGUCCAGCCCUACACCUCAAAUAUCUAUCAUAUGAGGAAGAGCUAAAGAAGGUUAUUGGUCCAGAUGUGGUAGAAGGAAUCCAGGGUCAUAUGGAUACCGAUCUGCAAGGUAAAUGUAUUUGCUUUUUAUUUCUACUUAAUUCUGCACUCUAGCAGCUGCAUUGAUGAGCUGCCUCUCUUAGCUGCCUUUAGCUUAAUGUUAACACUACCCUCCCCAAGCUCAUUUGCUGAUGUUACAGAUGCUUGUGUUUACUGUACUCUACUAGCUGAUUUCUUGCCAGCAGGGUGGGAGAAGAUUUUCUAUUAUCUGUGCUCCACCUUAUCCUAUUGCUGCCUUCUUGCUAGUACAGAAACACUCCACCCCCUUCUCCCCCUCCCCAUUGCUUGUGUAAUGGUUACUUAUGUGUUACCUGGUCUACUAGCUGUGUCCAUCUUAUGCUAUUGCUGCCUACUUGCUAGUACAGAAACACUCCAGCCCUCUUCUCCCCCCCUCCCUAUAACUUAUGUAAUUGUUACUGAUGUUGCCUUGCCUGUCUCUUCCAACAUCACACACCCCAAAAACACACAUACUUGCUUAUGUCAUUCCAGCAUAACCCCCCUAAACACACAAAUGUGCAUAACUUUUAUGUUUUAGAUACCACUGUGCUUUAUAUAAAAACAAGUGUGUUUGGAUUGUAAAAUAAUAUGUUUAUUAAUUUUUUAUGUCUAGUUGUUCAGCAACACAUUGAGGAACAGCAGCAGGUGGAAGCCAUCUGUGCAAGAGACACCCAGGUGGAAGCCAUCUGUGCAACACACACUCAGGUGGAAGACUUCUGUACAUCAGAUACCCUAGAUGAAAAUAAUGAUGAAGAAUAUAUAAUACUGGAGACAGUUGAAUGUCCAGAUGUUCUAACCUGUGCUGGAAAUGAAGCAGAACAACUUGAAACUAAUAUCUGUGAGCAACAUGCCUCUGGAUCAGCAGCAUAUCAUGAAACUACCCCUGAAAGUCCCCAGGCAACAGCACCCCAAAGGAGUACUGGACCAUUUUCAGCGAGAAGGCGAACUCCUGGACGGGGAAAGCCGUCUACUGGCAACAGUGAUCUACUUGAAAAUGUCAAUAAAUUAGCAAGGUUACAUAUUGCUCUAGAACAAAAAAAAAUAAAACUAUUGUCAAGGCAUAUGACUCGUCUUCAGCAAUUUCAGGCCCAAACACUUGAGAAAGUAGAACAACAAAAUCAGAUGUUAAGAGAAACAAACAUUUUUUUAAGACAACUAUCUGAAUGCAGGCAUGGAGCUGCAGUAUGCAGUAGUACUGCAGUUCAAACAGAUGAGCCAGUUCAAACAGAUGAGCCAGCAAGGGCACCGGAGCAAUCAGCCCCAGUUACUAGUAGGGGUGGUUGUACAAGGGGUAGGAGACGUAUUAGGCCCCCUAGGCUUCCAGACCUUUAAAUUUUUUUUGGAAAAUAAAUAUAUUGUUUUCACAGUUUUUGGAUUUGUGUAAAUAAAGGUUUGCAAUUGUUUUUCAUAAAUUGAAAUCUCUUGUUUUAUUUAUAACAUGAAUAAUGACCUGUAAACUGAAGGGUAAGAUUUAUGAAGGAAAAUGGAAAAACUAAUAAUAAGUGGAUAGAACGUGGGACACAUAUAAUUGGUUUAAAUUAUAUUUGAAUGGACAGGCCUUUUAGUAAUGGUGCUUUCUAAAUUACGGGUCAUCAUCAUACUUAUACAUUUAAACCUAUAUAUAUAUAUGACUGAAUUAAUAAUUGAAUGUACAUGUGAAUAUAUAAGGCUGGCACACAGACCUGUGCUGAAUUAUUUUAUAAUCCUGAGCUCGCUGCCAAAAAAAAGGACAUAGCAGCAAUUAAAGACAGC